AUGUGUUCAAAGAUUUUGAUUUAUUUGACCGAGUCUAGAGCAGACUUGGCGAAAGAUGCUAGCUCCAAAAACAAAGAUGAAGGCUGUGAGGAAGAGGAGAAGGAAGAUUUUUGGAGGGAUUUAAGGGCAGAAUUGGAGGAGGUGGAGGCAGGAGAGAGAAUGAUCAUUAGAGGUGACCUAAAUGGGCACAUACACAUCAACAGAGAUUGGCUGGAGAGGGAAUGGUGGGAAAAUAAUAGUGGAGUGAUAAGAGCAGUUGGGGAAGAGGUGCUUGGCAAAACAUCUGGGAAAGGCCCCCCUGAAAACAAGGAAAGUUGGUGGUGGAAUGAGGAAGUGCAGGUGAAUGAGAAGGAAGAGGUGAAGAAAAAGUGGGAAAUAUCAGGAUUAGAACAAGACAAAGAUAAUUAUAAACAAGCUAAUAAGAGAGCAAAAAUGCAUUGGCAAGAACCAAGGCUAUAG